AUGUUACAUCAGCUCACUGAUGGAUGGCAUAAACUCAAUUCAGUUUAUGAGCAUGUGACACACAUAUCUGAAUUUCUACUUGGGUUUUCCAACAUCCCUCAUAUUAGGUAUUUCUGUGUCUUCCUGUGUUUUGUCUACAUCAUGACUGUUUUGGGUAAUGGCUUUCUUCUCUUAGUUAUUUGGCUGGUGAAGACUCUUCAUACUCCUAAAUACAUGAUUGUGUUCAACAUGGCAUUGACAGAUUUGUGUGGGAGCACAGCUCUCAUUCCAAAACUCUUAGAUACUUUUCUGUUUGACAGGAGAUACAUUUUCUAUGAUCCCUUUGGGAUCACUAACAUAGUUGCAUGGGCCUCCUACAUUGAUCCUAAUGCCAGAAUGAUAAAUUACACAUUGACACACACCAUACCACCUUUGCUCAAUCCUAUUGUAUAUGCUUUAAAGACAGAAGAAGUGAAAAAUGCAAUAAAAAAGCUUUGCAAAAGAAAUAAUGUUAGCAAUACAGUCACAAAAUGCUGA